AUGGCCGCAGCGAACAAUGACAGCCUCUACGACCCCUACGUCAAGCGCGGCGCGGAGGAAGGCACAGCAGGCAAUGCGCGCACACAAGGACUCCAGAGUGAAAUCGAUGGCGCCGUGCGAACUAUGCAAAACAACAUCACCAAGAUCUCCGAGCGCGGCGAGCGUCUAGAUAACUUGCAAGACAAGACCGACCACCUCUCGACUCAGGCGAACAGCUUCCGUCGCGGCGCCAACCGAGUGAGGAAGCAGAUGUGGUGGAAGGACAUGAAGAUGAGAAUGUGCAUCAUCGUCGGUAUCAUCAUCCUGUUGGUGGUCAUCAUCGUGCCCAGUGUCGUCGCUAGUCAGAAGCACUAG